CUGAAGUGACUGUGAUGAAUCCCUGACAGCAAGAUGUGGAGGAGAUGCUCUUUGGCCUUCGAGAUCUUCACCAGGCCGGAGUGAUACAUGGUGAUAUAAACCCUAGAAAUAUCAUCAUAGAUUCUGAAGAAAAUGUUAGACUUAUCGGCUUUGGCAGAAACAUCAAACUGGAGGAGGGAGAAACAACUGCCAAUGCAGAGAAAGCUGGUUUCCAAGAGAAUGAUUAUACAAAGAGCUCUGACAUCAAGGCUGCUGGGAUGUUGGUGUACUACAUCCUCUCUGGUGGGAAACAUCUGGUCAUAGAGGAUUGUGACAUGCAGAAUGAUGGGCUAGAUAUUGUAGCCCAGGAUCUCAUUGACUGGAUGAUCAACAAUGACCCAGCCAUUGAUGAGGUCCUAAAACACCCUUAUUUCUGGAAUAAAAAAAUAACAGAGGAAGUGCUGAGGAAAGUGGGCGAUCGACCUGAAGUCCAGUACUACACUGAUAUUUCAAAAGCUUGCCAAAUUUGGAAAGCUGAAAAAGGCCUAACAGGAGUAGAAGCCGUCGAAAAGGCCUUCAUCGAUAAAAAGGACAAAAAUGGACAAAAAGGGGCUGUGAAAACUAAAGUUCUUGAGAUACUUGGAAAGACUGAGCAAGUCCAGAACGAAAACUUUUCUGAAAAGUUUUUCAAGCUUUGUAAAUGUGCAAAGAGCUACUCAAAAGGCAAAACGUUUAGUAAAUGGAAAUCAGAGCUUUCAGGUAAAUGGCCAAAAAUAGACAAAACUUUUCCGGAGGACUUAAUUGGCCUGCUGCGUACUUACCGCAACAAACUGGUUCAUGUGGGGUUCAAUGAACAGAUGUUCAACCGUUUUCCAGAUUUCUACAUCAGCUUACACAGAUUGGCUAUAGACAUGGGCUGGGACUGUACCUGGUCUUAAGAUGAGCGAAGAGCUCAUCAGCACCUGUUGGUCCGUUCGGGUGUCUGAAUAAUGCUCGCUAUGGCAUUGCUUGGGGAGCUCUGGGUGCCGCAGAAUUUUGUUUCCAUGCAGCACGGCAGUACACACUGGACAGAAUCCAGUUUGGAGUUCCUCUAGCCAGAAACCAGCUGAUCCAGAAGAAAAUGGCAGACAUGUUAACCGAGAUCACCACUGGCCUGCAGUCAUGUAUUCAACUGGGCCGACUGAUAGAUGAGAGAAAAGCGGCUCCAGAGAUGAUAUCUAUGCUAAAGAGGAACUCCUGCGGUAAAGCCCUGGAUAUCGCUAGACAGGCCCGAGAUAUGCUGGGAGGAAACGGCAUCGCAGACGAGUAUCACAUCAUUCGUCACGUCAUGAACCUGGAAGCCGUCAACACUUAUGAAGGUACCCAUGAUAUCCAUGCCCUGAUCCUGGGCAGAGCCAUCACUGGACUUCAGUCCUUCACGGUGGACAGAUGAGCUGCUGUCACAUCAUGUCCACUGACUGCUGCUGCCUUUGACCUAUAGCCCAUAUAAUUCCUGAAUGCUUUUAAACUUUCCAUUAUUUACCAUUACAACUGACUUGAAAUUGACAAUACAAUAUUCUCUGAAUCUGGUAGCAGUAUUUGAAUUAAUGUGUGUCAUUUUGAAUGUCUGUACUUUAUGUUGCCUUUGUCAGAGAUCUAUUUUUGUAUGUUCUAACUAGAUCACAACACUUUGAAUGAAUGUUUGACUGCAGGUUUUUUUAAGCAGAUUUGUAAAGAAAUGCACCAAGGAUCGCAGAGAUGAAAAGUGCAUGUUAUUGUUUGUACAUUGAUGUAUUAUAGAAAGAUUUCAAAGAAGUGUUGAACAAAAUUGUUUACUGCAGUUGAAUAAAAGAUUAAAUAUUAUAGUGUUUGCACACUGGUUUUCAUUACCCAGAUUGUACCGAGGGUCUCUAGGGUCUGUUAUCUAUUCCUAAAUUUGAUAAUGGUGCUGUAUCUUGCUAUCUGUAUCUAUUUAGAGUAGCUCAUUUGUACUAAGAAAGCCAUAAAGAGAAUUAGCAACAGAUUAAAUGAGUUUUCAAUAACUAAUGCUGUGGGGAAAAGCCUUAAUCCUACAAAGCUCAAACCUUAGUUAUUGAAACACAAAUAAUGCGGUUACCCAAACCACAUUUGCCAGGGUUUAGAAGGAAUGAUAGUAAAAGACCUUUAGGU